AUGCAACUCCAGUCUCGCCGCUCCCCUCCCUCCCGCCCCUCCUUUGCUGGAGACUUGUACUCGCCUCAAGUCUCACUUGGCAGCUUUCGUCUUGGCUGAGACUGCUAAGAACCUGAUAACCGAUGGGGAAGUCCAAGCUGCCGGCCAACGUUUUCCCACCGCUAGAGCUCUCAAGUUCAGAGAAACAAGCCAUCGUCAACUACACUGAAGAACUGGUAGCCGAAACGUUGCUGGCCAGCGAGAAAUUCAUCGCACAUCAUCGCAAGCUCAACCCCGAGCGCUGGAAGUACGUUAAAACCCAAGAACAACUGCACGUGUACCGCUCUCGACGACGCAAGAGCUCGGCGUCGUUAGAACCUCCGCAACUCUUAGACGUGAGCAGUGGCGGCAGCUAUACCUCCUCCGAGGCGUCUCAAACGCAGAGUUCGCGAGGUCAUAGUCAUCGUCACGAUGCCGAUUACUUAACGGACGGGUCGCUACUGGAACGUGCGCGACCCGACCGCGUGCCGUUGAUGGUUAUCACCGGCAAGAUGGAGGGAACAGUAGAGGACGCGGCCUUUGGGGCGCUGGCGGACAACGAAGCGCGGUGGCGGCUGCGUGACGCCUAUAUCGGCGAUGAAUACGACGACCAGAAGAUCCUAGCGACGCUAGAGACGCCGUCAGACGACGACCCGUUCCGUUUUUUAGGCGUUAAAUGGGCCACUAAAGUGCUGGGUACAUUCAUUACCCAACGCGACAUGGUGUACGUCGAGUCGACGGGCAUUUCCCGCGACUCGAACGGCGAACGGGUCGCGUACAUGCUCGUGCACAGCUACGCGUUGGACCGGGUUCCAGAACUGACCGAGUUUGGCGUCAUCCGCGCUCGGAUCUCGUCGUGUUUUAUCUUGCGCACGCACUCGGAGCGACAAGUUGAAGUGUUUUGCCGCGCUUUUAACGAUAUGGGCGGCGAUAUCAUGGAGGGCGUCACGGUUAACCUGUUCAAGGAGAUGCUGCUGUCUGUGGGUGGACUGGUACAGUGCGCGUACGUCAAGAAGCUCAAGUGGCAGAUGAGCGCGAGAGAACGCGAAGCGAGAGAGCACGCGACGACGCUGGCGGCUCAAGCGCACGCGCCGACGCACUGCGCGUCGUGUCACCACUCGUUGAGCAAGUUCGGCCGUCUUAUUCAGACGGGAUCAGCUUGUCAAGUGUGUCAUCGAGUCUUCUGCAACAAGUGCACGGUGUCUAAACGAGUGGGUGUGGACUUUGGCAACAGCGGAGGGAUUACCGAAAAGAGCAUGGACUUCUGCCAAGAUUGUAUGAAAUUGGCAAUGAAACUACCCGCUUGGAACGUUGCGCUCGAGACGACACCGAAGAGUUCGAGGGGGAUACGCCACAACAAUUCGCUUUCCAAGUCGCUGUCCAAGUCGACGAGCUCUAGCUAGAUGGCAAACGGAUAACACCACUAGUGCAAGUAAGAAAAUGUUAGCAGUAGAUUAUUAUGAAAACUGACAACAGAGUGAUGGGAAG